CCGAAGGAAUCGCGAGACGAAAUCACGCGCGAGCGCGAACGCCACGGGGAUUAGAAGGAUAUAUGAUGGUGGGGGAAAGGUUGAGUAGUGGGGGACCGCUAUUGGUGGCGCGCUGUCGAUGAGUGGGGGUGAGUUAGGGGUAGUCAGCGCCUCCACAGAGGGUGAGUCUCAGUCGCCAAUCGGUCAGCCUGUCGCACGGCUGGGUCUCGGAAUCCCUGUGUGCGAGUAACGCUGAUCAGCGUGCGCGCGCGCGCCUCGCCACACACGUACGCGCGAUCAGACAAGGACGACGGGGCAGCAGCGGUGCGUGGAGACCGAAAUUUGCAUUUUCUCAGGACGAGAACCGUGUGAUAAAAAAAAAAAAAAAAGAAAAACAGAACAAGAAUAUAAUUCAAAUCGGUGGAAGAGUUACCAGAAAGAAGAAACAUAGGAGGAAUCGUGGAUGGAAGUUGUAUAUAGCCGAUUAACAGCGAUCAUCCUCUGUCUAGUCGAACUAUAGGCGAAACGUGUCCGGGACGCGUUUCCCGAACGCGUACCACAACCGGUCAGCGCGUGUGCACCCGACUACGAUCGAUCCUUAGGGCGAUACGAUCCAGAAACGCGAUGGACGGAACCACCCUACUUAACCAGCGAAGAUAACGCCUUCCGAGAAGAUCAACCUACUUGGAAUACGUAUUCACAUCGCACUUAAGAAGCAUACCCUCGACCUUCACCAAGACUGCACGCGUCUUCUCUCAAAUCAUAUCCAGCACAGAAUCUAACCAAUCAUCGAGCUUCACCUGCCAUCGAGAACCAACAACCGCGAUAAAAGAAAGAACGCGAGGACGCCAGAAUCGGCCGACGAAGAUGUGAUCGAGAAUUCCUCUUGGACUACGUCCCCCUGUCUAAGGGAUGUCCUCCUCCGCGGGCACCAGCUGCACCGACGCCGAGGAGGACGCCGAGGAUGUGGAGAACGAGGUGGCAGGUAGCGCGCAGUCGUCUAAUUACUUGCCGUCGGGUUUCCGUGAUAGCGCGCGCGAUCACCUGGAAGGACUGCGGUUAGAUGGGUCAUCGAUCGCGCGUCCACCAGCCGGGGACAGUUCCGCGAGCCCAUCGACGUUGUCGUGGUCGGUGCCUCGAUAAAUCCGGAUCAUCGUCCUCCACCACCAUCUUCUCCCCCAUCUUCCUGUCUUCUUUACGGUCGUCGAUCGACGUUCGUUCAUCGACGUCGAAGAGUCAAAGGUCUCCAGUUCCUCCGUCGCGAAUCGUAUCCACGGUGGAUGCGGAGCUGGAGCACGUACCAAGCUGGAGGAGGUAUAGGAACGCUGAUCGUUGGAGCAACGGAGGACCGUUCGCGUUCAGGUGACGACAGAGACGUCUAGGUUACUGCCAGGUGGAUCCUGAAGAUCUGUCCUGGAUAAUUCGCGUUAUUAUUUUUAGUUUCUUACAUAUUUUUCUUUUAGUUUCUCGUAGUCCGGUUUGGCCCGAGUGUUCUGUAUUAUAUACACGUAGAGAGAAACUGUUGGGUGUUGUGUUGGAGAAUCGAGAAGCUCCUAUCGGUCUGGCCGGUCCCAGUUGUGGAAGGUCAGAGGACUGUGAGAUCGGAAGUUCAGACGAACGUUUCCGGCCACUGUCACGCUAUAGAACGUGCGAACUAUUUCGCCCGAGGAUUUACACGGACGUGUACCGGACAAUUGGUCGAGCGUGUUGCUACAGCGUGUUUGGAAAGGCGUAUAUCAGGUCGCGGCGGUUGUGCUCGUUUGGACCGGUUCCAGGCGGACGUGAAACCGUCGACAGGUGAUUCGGGCGAUACCACAAUGGUGAACUACCCUCGAGUCAUGACAUUCAGUUAGUGAACGUGCAGCUUGUUGUCGCGCGUGUGCAUCUGUGCAGCUGUAAGAAAGUAUUAAGAGAGAAUAGAAGAGAAGAGGAAGGAUCGAGAGAAGAAGGCUGGACAUGCGGCGAGGAAGACAGCACGUAAUCGUCGUAGCUAGAGGCUGGACGAGGUCCUGAUAGCCGCAGCGACCAGGAUCCGGGAUCAUCCAAGGAAGAAAGGAUGCCAGGGGGGCGCAGGGGCCUGGUCGCCCCGCAAAACACAUUCCUCGAGAACAUCAUUAGACGGAGCAGCAGUCAACCUGACAGCAGUUUUCUCCUGGCGAACGCUCAGAUCGUCGACUUCCCUAUUGUCUAUUGCAACGAAAGCUUUUGCAAAAUCUCUGGCUAUAAUCGUGCCGAGGUUAUGCAAAAGUCCUGCCGCUGCGGAUUCAUGUACGGGGAGUUGACGGACAAAGAUACGAUCGCCAGGAUCGAGGAAUGCCUCGAGGGCCAGAUUCACGAUCAAUUCGAGAUCCUGCUGUACAAGAAGAACAGUGCCCCACGAGGUAUGUCUAGCUCAGGUUCGCAAAAGAGUGCUCGAAAAACCCACCACCUGAACAAGAGACGACACACGUACAAGGAUCGUCGAACGAUCCCGGGACCAAGGGGCGGCCAUAAUGAGAGGACGCUAUUCGACCUCCCACCUACUCUUGAUUUCAAAACACCACUAUGGCUGCUUCUACAAAUAGCGCCAAUAAAAAACGAACGGGACCUGGUGGUCCUGUUCCUGUUGACCUUCCGGGACAUCACUGCCCUGAAGCAGCCAAUCGAGGCGGACGACAGCAAAGGUGGCCUCUCCAAGUUCGCCAAACUCGCCAGAUCGGUCACCAGGUCGAGAUCUGUUCUUGUAUCACAAUUCAGCUCCCAUCUGCCCGCCCUCAAGGAUACCGCGUUGCCAACCACCGCGAAGCAAUCACACUUAGCUCAUAUGAUGUCCUUAAGCGGCGACGUGAUGCCGCAGUACAGACAAGAGGCACCAAAGACUCCGCCGCACAUUUUGUUACAUUACUGCGCGUUCAAGGCGAUCUGGGACUGGAUCAUUUUAUGUUUGACCUUUUACACAGCCAUCAUGGUGCCCUACAACGUCGCGUUCAAAAACAAGACCAGCGAGGACGUGUCCCUGCUGGUCGUCGACAGCAUCGUCGACGUCAUAUUCUUCAUCGACAUUGUCCUCAAUUUUCACACCACGUUCGUUGGGCCUGGUGGCGAGGUGGUGUCUGACCCCAAGGUGAUCAGAAUGAACUACCUAAAGUCAUGGUUCAUCAUCGACCUACUGAGCUGCCUGCCGUACGACGUGUUCAACGCGUUCGACCACGACGAGGACGGCAUAGGGAGCCUGUUUUCAGCUCUCAAGGUGGUCAGAUUGCUUCGUCUUGGUCGAGUGGUUCGGAAACUAGACCGGUAUCUGGAGUAUGGAGCCGCGAUGCUCAUUCUACUGCUCUGUUUCUACAUGUUGGUUGCUCACUGGCUGGCCUGUGUCUGGUACGUCACUUUAAGGUACUCGAUAGGAAGGUCGGACGCGGACAACGGAGUCCAGUAUUCCUGGCUGUGGAAGCUGGCGAACGUCACCCAGUCACCGUACAGCUAUCUGUGGACCAAUACCAGCACCGCACCGGAACUAAUCGCAGGACCGUCCAGGAGAACUAUGUACGUCACCGCAUUGUACUUCACGAUGACCUGCAUGACCUCCGUGGGCUUUGGCAACGUCGCCGCUGAGACCGACAACGAGAAGAUUUUUACCAUCUGCAUGAUGAUCAUUGCCGCCUUGUUGUACGCCACGAUCUUCGGUCACGUGACUACGAUCAUCCAACAGAUGACAUCAGCCACGGCCAAAUAUCACGACAUGCUGAACAACGUGAGAGAGUUCAUGAAGCUACACGAGGUGCCGAAGGCGCUUAGCGAACGCGUGAUGGAUUACGUGGUGAGCACCUGGGCGAUGACGAAGGGCCUAGACACCGACAAGGUACUUAACUAUUGCCCCAAGGAUAUGAAGGCGGAUAUCUGCGUUCAUCUGAACAGGAAGGUCUUCAACGAACACCCUGCAUUUAGAUUGGCCUCCGAUGGCUGCCUCCGUGCUCUGGCCAUGCAUUUCACGAUGUCCCACAGCGCACCAGGCGAUCUAUUGUAUCACACAGGCGAGUCUAUCGAUUCGUUGUGCUUCAUCGUGACCGGAAGUCUCGAGGUGAUCCAGGAUGACGAGGUUGUGGCGAUCCUCGGCAAGGGUGACGUGUUCGGCGACAGCUUUUGGACAAACCCGUCCGUAGGACAAAGCGCUGCCAAUGUUCGAGCUCUUACUUACUGUGAUCUCCACACGAUCAAGAGGGAUCGGUUGCUGGAGGUGUUGGAUUUUUAUCAGGCUUUCGCCAACUCUUUUGCCAGGAAUCUCGUUCUGACCUACAACCUUAGCCAUCGGCUGAUCUUCCGGAAGGUAGCGGAUGUCCGUCGAGAAAAGGAGCUGGCUGAGAGGAGGAAAAACGAGCCGCAGUUAGAUCAAGCUCAGGAUCACCUGGUGCGCAAAAUUUUCUCGAGGUUCAAGACCGACGGGGAUGCCCAGAUCGGCGUGAGCAGGGCCGCAAAUGGACGGUCCCAGCAGGAUUCCGACGAGGAGCUCACCGUGAACGUCCUGCCGCCCUGGCCCAGUUUUAGGUUCCGCAGGGAGAGACACAAUGCUGACGUGGAGAAAGGAGACGGAAAAGAUGGGAAGGAUGGAAAGGAGGGUGAAUCCUCGCACGCCAGGAAACUCUCCACAGCGGACGAGAAUACUGCUGUUAAAGGACGGGCCGGGAAGUGGGGACGACUCUUAGGAAGCUCCAGCUUGGACUCCGGAAGCGAGACGGGAACCGGGGUAGAUACGUUCAAACGAUCCUUAAGCGCCAGGGACACCCGUCCCAGUUCUAGUGCCGGUAGCAACAAGGUGUUCCCAAAAUUCGGUAAGCUGACCGGUACCAUCGAAGAAUCGGGUGAUGCUGAAAACGUGAAAGAGACGCAGCAACAGCAGCAGAAUGCGGCAGAUUCGAAGCAGCUCCAGCUUCGCCGAUUGGAGAGCUAUGACGAUGGACUAAUUACCACUCAGCCGAGCCACGAUCGUGAAAUCCUAGCUGCCGUGCUCGAGGUGAAGGUUGAUCUGAAACUGGAAGUGCAACGAGUCAAUCAAAGAUUAGCAAAGAUUGAGGACAUGCUGCAGACGCUAAUGACAAGACUUCCUGCGGCUACUCCACCGCAGCAAAAGGGCUCGAACAAUUUUUCAACGGGUGGUAGCGGCGGUUCCUCGCAGAUUCAGCCAACCAGUCAACCACAAAGUACUUCUAGCUGUCAACAGGGUUCCCAGGCUACGCAAACACCUGGGGGAAGCACAGAGCAGAAAAUUUCUAUAGCGACUGCAUCCACGUCAACGACCGAAGGUUACAGGGAGCAGGGUACAACCACAGAGAGAAGCUCCAAAUUGCAAGAGCAUCAUCAUCAUCACCAUCACCAUCAUCAAUCGCAACAGUCUGACAGAUUGAAGGACAGUAGUAGUGAUUAUAAGACUUCCUCGAGGGAAAUGAGUAAAGAGUUGUUAGAAAGACUGGCCCAAGCGUCCACUUCCAGAGGGGACGAUGGUACAUCCCUUGGACCGUUGAUUUUGAGGAAGAGAAGAAGCAAAUCAAGGAACAAGGGAGCUGCACCGUUGGCACCGUUAGCUAGUCAGCCUAUUAGUCCUUCGGAGGCGACAGAGACCACGCAGAUGCUCGAGUGCACGGAUGACAGGGAACAGAACACCACCACGACGGACAGAAGCGACAGGUCCGACAGAAAACGGCCUCCGCCCAGACCUAGGGAAUACUUGUGAAAGUUCUUAAGGCUCCGGACGAUCGUCUCGAGGCUGAUAUUCUGGCGAGAAUCGCUGGAACGAACUGCCGUUCUCUGGAAUAAUUUUGUUAAGGUUAGGAUUAAGUAUGGUGGAAUUAGAUGUGACUUAAGAAAGUUUUAUGUGGUUGGUUAGAAUCGUCGGAGCUGGUCCUAUUCUAAUCUAAUCGAAAGGAAAAUAGCUAUUUGGAAGUUAUCAUAAUCGGAAAGAAAUGGAAGUUGUGUCGAGGUUAAGAUUUCUAGUUUCUUUGAAGAAGAGAAGGACGGCUGUUUCAGCGAACUCUUUUCAACGAAAUGAGACGAGUGUACCGGUAGAGUAAGCUACCUGUAAAAUUUUACCGCGUACGUUUUAAGGACAUGCUGCAUUUUCGCUACUCGCUUCGCGUCUGGUCUUCAGCGAGCAUUCGUCGGUACGCGUGAAGAGCGAAUCCGACACGGGGAAAAAGAUAUUGAUUUUUGAGGUUAUGGAUCGGCGAUUGUCGUUCGAAUUUAAUACGAAAGAAAAGAAACCAAAGAAAUUCUAUAAAGAAGGUUAAAAAGACAUAAGAGAGCAAAAAUAAAAGGGGGAUGUGCCGACGAAACGAUCCCGCUAUUAUAAUACAACUUGGCAUAUUUUUGCAUGGCCAAACACGCGAUUAAAAAGCAAAAAAGUAAACCAAAGAAAAAAUACAUAAAAAAGUAUAUCGAAUUAUAUACUGCUUGCGACGGCUUCUUCGAGACAUCGAACGUUUAAAAGAGAGGAGGAUGGAAACUAACAAAAUUCAGAAUACUCACGUUCUAAUACGUAAGGUAACACACACACUGUAAUCGUAGGUUUACACGCAUCUUUAGGGGAUAUCAGCUAGACUCGUGGUUGCGCGCGAUAGAUUUUAAGUAACUACAACAACCAACAACAACAAAAGAAAAGGAAACGA